CAGAAAGUGAUCACCGCUGCAGAGUCUCAUUGUUUUAAACCGGAUUUAAAAGACUUUUCAAAGCAUAAAAUAUCAGAUCUGCUGGAGGAAAGAUGAAGCUUCUGACAUCCGCCCUCCUCCUCAUCAUUCUUACAACCACCUCAGCCAGGCCGAUCCACUCGGACGCUGACAUCGCCGACAGGGACCUGGAGCAGGGAUGGCUGAGCGAGAACAUUCGUCGGUUCCAGCGCUCGUCUGGAUCUUCUGCCCAAGAUUCCUCUGAUUCCUCUGAUUCCUCCGAUUCCUCCGAUUCCUCCGAUUCCUCCGAUUCCUCUGAUUCCUCCGAUUCCUCCGAUUCCUCUGAUUCCUCCGAGUCAAGCGAGUCUUCAGAGGAAGUUCUUGUCACAGAUUCGACCAGCCCACCUAUGACGAGUAAUGCUGCCAUGACGACCAUGACGGAAGGAGAAGAGCUCCUCACCAAACCAGGCAUGAUGACCACGGAUGACCCGACGGCGACUGAAGGCUCGACGGACGCCACGCCCUUUGCCCCGUCCACCAAUGCAACAGGUUUUACCGAGACGAUUCCAACAUUCGCUCCCAUCACCGAUAACAGAGGAGACAACUAAGCACCUGACACAUUCGUUAAACCACAAGUCAACACAUUAGAGCUUUGUCUACACAUGUUAUUUGUCUUUGUGGAUCUGUGUUUGGACUCAUCGCGUUUAUGAACUUGUUGUUUUCUUCACGCUUGGAUUUGUGUAUCUUUGGUUUAUUACUUCCUGUUUUUAUUUGUUGGUACUUCCUGUCUUUGUCUGCCCUGCAUUGAGUAGUUUAACGUGUGUUUUCUUGUGUCAGUUAUUCUCAUCAUUCUCUUCUGGGACUGUACCUUGUGUUUAUUUAUCACGUGUUUGAGCUGCAACAAACCUGUCAGUCAAAUUAAAGAUGGUUUAUUGGAACUGU